UCCUCACACACUUUUUAUGAAUUUGAACCGUCAGAUCACAUUACCAAAUUAUUUACCGUCCGAUGAGAUGACCAUUUAAUCCAGCCAUUCAAUUAUUACAAAAUUGAAAAUUUGAAAAACGAAGAGGGAGACACAGGCGCAACCAGAAAAAAAAGAAAAGCCUUUCUUCUUCUUCUUCUUCUCCCACAAAUCCCUCUCUCCCGCUGUUUCCCUCUAGAUACCCUAAACCCGCGAAUCGAAUAGCCUUUGAAGAUCGUGAUUUCUGUUUUAUCUGUGUGGAUUUCCGGGAAAUUAAUUGGAGGCGACAUUUUUUGGUGGAUUUUUUUUUUUUUUUUUUGAUUUGUUUGAAUCUGAGCUGUAUGAUAAGAGGGUUUUCGGGAAUCCUAAAUUUGAAUUUCUGUUUGGGGUUUUUGAAUUCUCUGUAGCGCUCAAUUUUUUUUGGGCCGUGGGUCUCGGUCUAAUUUCAGACUUUCAGCAGGGAUAAACUCUUAAUUAUCGAGUUUAUAUUUUCAAAAGAUUUGAAAGAAAUUUCCUUUUUUUCUUUUGAAAUUUUGAAAUUGGGUUCGUUCGUUUGAAUGGUGGAGCAAAGUGAGGGAGGGGAUUUCCCUCCAAAAAAGCCUCAAUCGGAGACGACUGCCCAGCAACAGCAGCCGGUUGAUUUUCCGCCUAAGAAGCUUGCCAGGCAGCUUGAUUUUACGGCAGGGUAUACUGGUGUCACACCCGCGCCGCCGCCUCCGCCGCCGCCGCCGGCAGCUCCUUCUUCCUCUUCGAGCACAGCAGCGGUGAUGGCAACUGCAGCCGCUACACCCUCCGUGCCGGCUCCGGUGGAUUAUCCUCAUCAGAAUCAGCCGCCGCAGCCAUUUUCCAUGGCUAGCCGGCCACAGCUGCCGCAACAUAUUCGGCCGAGCCAGCCACCAAAGCCUCCUGCGCAACCUGCGAUACAGUUGAUGACCGUGCAACAACAUCCAGUGCCGCCAACUGCACAUCCUUCGAUCAGGCCUAUAAAACCCGAAUCACCUAGACCACGGCCAAGAAAUGUGAACGAAGGUAAAGAUGGCACGCCCAAGAAGCAAAAGCAGUGUAAUUGCAAGCAUUCCAAAUGUUUGAAGUUGUAUUGUGAGUGCUUUGCAUCUGGGAUCUACUGUGAUGGCUGCAACUGUGUAAAUUGUUACAAUAAUGUUGAAAAUGAAGCUGCCAGACGUGAAGCGGUAGAAACCACUUUGGAACGUAAUCCUAAUGCUUUUCGGCCAAAAAUUGCAAGCAGUCCACACGGAACUCGGGAUAAUAGGGAAGAAUUGGGGGAAGGAGUAGCUAUUGGGAAGCACAAUAAAGGUUGCCACUGCAAGAAAUCAGGGUGUCUUAAGAAGUAUUGUGAAUGCUUUCAGGCCAACAUUCUUUGUUCCGAUCUUUGUAAAUGCAUCGACUGCAAAAACUAUGAAGGAAGUGAAGAGAGACAGGCUCUCUUCCAAGGAGAACACGCCAAUAGUAUUGCAUACACGAAUGCAGCGAUAUCAGGUGCUAUUCAAGGAGGCUACCCUGGUUAUAUAACUUCUCCAGUCAAUAAUAAGAAAAGAAAAGGCCAUGAUCUCUACUUUGGGCCAAUAGUUAAAGAUCCUCAUAACAGGAUGGCACAAUACCAGCCGGGAAAUCAUGUUAAGAAUCCGGUACCCUCUCCUGUAUCUACCAUUCCUGGUACUCGUCUCACUAAUCCUUCUGGAAUAGGGGCAUCUAAAUUUACGUACAGGUCCCUCUUAGCGGAUAUCAUUCAACCACGAGACCUGAAGGAACUUUGCUCAGUGUUGGUCGUAUACUCAGCAGAGGCAGCAGAGACAGCAAAGAUGCUCGCAGAUGAAAGAAGUGCAUCGGAAAGACCAACAGAAGAAAACAAGGAAAACCACCUUGAUUCAGCUGGGAACCAUUUGCAUAAUCAAAAGGAUAGUGAUGCCACUGAAAAUGCUGUAGAAGCUACUGGUAUAAAUGGAAGCGAAGCAGAUAAAAUCACCCCAGAAGAAUCUGCUUCGGAUGGUGCUGAUGUAACAAAAGGGAGACCAAUGUCUCCUGGAACGUUGGCACUGAUGUGUGAUGAACAAGAUACAAUGUUUGCCGGCGUUGCUUCACCAACUGGUGUGGCGGAUCAGGGUAAUAUCUCUAGUCAGUUGCCUCCUGGGGAAGGAGUAACAGAAACCUUAGCAGCACAGGAGAGAAUUGUUUUGUCAACAUUUCGUGAUUGUCUCCAAAACCUCAUUCAAUUUGGAGAAAUCAAAGGAAAAAGGUGCUCGUCCUUGGUACGAAGUGAAUCAGGUAAUCAAGGAGAUCUUGUGAGCAAUGGGAAUGCCAAUGUCAGAAUGGAGCCAUCGAAUCAGCAAGAACCCUCCGGUAACGGCAUCGCCAAGUCUAAUGUUCCUCCGCCAGUGACAUCCCAAUUGGUUACCUCCUCAGGCAGCAUCUGGGCAGAUAGUGAACGCUGUUGAUGUAACCAAAGUUUUUGACUCAUAGUUCAUGGUAAUCAUAAGCCGUACAAAUUACAAUUGCCUAUGGAAAGAUUUGUAUCCAUCAAUUUACAGGCACUAAGUAGAGAAAAUUAUAUUCCAAAUGACACAGAAGUACAGAACAACAAACAUCCAAGAAGAAAUUUCUAAGCACAGGUUUCUUGGGCUAGCUAAGGGGAACCAAAAUGCAAGACAAAUUUCAUGCAAAAAAUAUUGGGUGAGAUCAUUUAGUUGGGUGGUUAAUAGUGCUUCAUUCGUUUCGUUUUAGAGGUUAAAAAAUCGAAUUUUGAG